ACCACAAAACUUGGUCAACUAAGCCAUCAUAUGACUCUCAAGUCGUGCUCCACUUCUACCCUCAUUGGUUCUUUGUACCCCAUUUUUCCAUACCAAAAUCACCAACAUCCUCAUAACUCAAAAGUAGUUAGAUUAGGUAGUUUCGCACCUAUUUCAUACCAAUUCUAUAAACAUAAAUACCAAACCAAAAAACACCAACAACUUACAAUUUCUUCAUCUCAUAAAAAUGUCUUUAUGGUUCUCUAACUUCUUCCGUUUACACUUUCCAACACCAUGGCCAAUACUUACUUAUGCAACCACUUGGAUAAUGCUAUUAACAAUGACGGUGGCCGUUGCGUCAAUCUCGCCGCAGGUGACGUUUGUUUCCGCUAUAUCUCCAGCCUCUUUGUUCUCUCAGAAGUGUACAAAUGAUGGGUUCAUUAGAAUGCCAUUGGAUGUUCCUGGAGAAAUUCUAUGCUUUCCUUCUCGUUUGUUUGUGAAAUCUAAGAUUGAUUUCAUUGUUCCACCAAUCUUUGCUGCUUUGAUUGUAGCAGCUUCUACUUGCCUUGUGAGAGCUGUUGGAUUGUUUGUGGAAACAUAAUCUAACUCUUCGAGAUGCAUGUUGACUACUCUUCGAGAUUCACGUUGACUUCGGAUAUACUUUUUCACACGAUGAGGGAGUAAAAGUGAUUGAAUGUAACUACAUUUGUCAGAAUCACGUUUGUG